UUAGUACUAAAACGGAAUAAAAAGAUGCAUAUAGGAGUACUCCCUACUACUAGUACUACUGUUCUGGAAUCAUCACAUUACAUCAAAUCAAAUAAUAACAAGAGAGAAUUCAACUCUUAUUGCAAAGGUCGAGGUAGUACUAGUAUUAUUACUACAAUAUAUUCUUUUUUUAUUUUUUCAACUCUCUUUCUCUCACUCAAAUAAUGAUCGCACCAAUUCCAACGUCUCAUUCCAAUUCCAACCAUCUUCUUCCUCCACUUUCCACUCUACAUCAACACAAUCAUCAAAAAAGAAAAAGAGAACAAGAACAAGAACAAGUAAAAAUGUGUCAAACAUCACAACAACAAACCACAAUUCCUCAUUCCCCUUCACCCCAAUUUCAAUUUCAUCCAUCUACCCCUGAAAAAUCCACUCAUUUCUCUCCACCUCCAUCACUUCUUCAACGAAUGCAACGUGAUAAAUGCUUUUCCUGUAAUCAAAUAGGUCACUGGACUCAAAAUUGUCCUAACAAAACCCCCAACAACAACAACAACAGUAAGAAACCCGAUUCUGCUAACCAACAAAUAUGGUGUCGUUGCGGUUACGGUGUUUGUGGUUCCAAACAGUCUGGUACUGCAAAAAACUGUGGGAGGUGGUAUUUUACUUGUCCUAUAGAAAGGGGUGCACGUUGUAAUUGGGUUAAAUGGUGUGAUGAACACAUUCUUGAGAGUGAUUUGCGGCCUCCUUUGUUGAAGUAUCCUUUGUGUGAUUGUGGAGCUGGUGUUUGUAGAAGAGUGGUGGAAACAGGACAGUGCUGCUAUUUCGCUUGUCCUAUUAAAAAGAGUCACGGCUCUUGUGGUUACCGCGUGUUGGAAUAUGAACUACUCAAUAAAGCAAGAAAUGAUGAACCGGUUAAUAAUACAAGCGUCGUUCCUAUCCAACAAAGCAGGCACAGAGAUCUCAAUGAAUUUUUUGAAGGAGACCAAACUGACACAUCUGUCAUAAACCUGGAUAAUGACAUGGCGGAGGGCAGUGAUUUGCUAUCAAAGAGGAUGAGGUUAACGGACGGUUCUGAGAAUUCUUCACCUGUUGCUGUAUCUGAGAUUCCAGAGGGAAAAUGUGGAGGAUCACCAAUAGAGGUGGUGGUCAUAUCUGAUAUUCCAGAGGGAAAAUGUGGAGGUUCACCAAUAGUAAUGGCCAAUUCACAACCUGUCGAUUUUCCAGAAAUUAAGUUUGAGGAUGAUGAUCUAGAAACGAUAAACUUAGCCUCGUGGGAUGCAAUUGAUGCCGAAGCUCGUCUUUCUUUUUCAACACCGUCAAGGAUCAGUUGUCGACAGAGCGUAUUUCAGAAGGACAUUCUUUCUGCUGAUGUAUCAUUUGGUAUUAAUAGUCAAAGUGAAUGCAGAGAUGUUGUGAUCAAGAGUCCUAAUCAAGGUACCCAACUUUCACCAGGAAGUGAAGUAAAACUAAAAGGCUUUUUGAUAGAAGCACAAAAGCGACUUCUUGAUGAUCUGGAGAAUCUGGAUUUUGACCAGUAUGAGUCUAUGCGAGUGACCGCGGAAGCCACUUUUUUUCUGUUAAAUUGUUCAGGAUUUCAGUGUAAACAAUUUUCUGACUAUGUAUGGGACUUCAUCAAUCUCGCAACGUCCUUGGCGGAAAUUGACAAGUCCAUGGAAAAUUCACCUACUUUGGAGGAGUACAGUAAACUCUUGGAGGAAGAGAGACUGAAACUGGCCAACAUCAAGGAUGAGUGUACGAAGACUGAAGCUUUGCUCCAGUCCUCCAAUCAGAAGAGAAAAUUUCUUUCUGAAGAGGUCUCUCGUCUUGAGGCCGUGCUCCGUGAAAAACAAAAUGAGUUGAAAUUUUGUGAUUUGGAGACAGUGAAGUUUGAGACCCGGCUGGGUGAUGUAAAACGAAGAAUGUUGGAGGCUGACGAAACCGUAGAAGAUAGAAUUCUACAAACCGAAGCAGCAAGGAUAAAAGUUAAAGAGAGAGACACAAAGGAAAUUGCAGCCAGGAUAGCAUUGAAGAAUGCUAAACAUGCUUUGGAAAACUAGUUGCUGACAAUAACUUAAUAUGUAUGAUAAUUGUGAAUUGUGCACUUGAUCUCACCCCCCUCCACUGCAUUAUGCAGUGUGAAUCUAACAGUAUGUAUAAUGUGUUAUUAGUAGGUUUUUGUUUGAAAGAUGUAACAAUGUUUUAGUAGAUGUUCUCCAAAAGGAUUAUCCUGAGGAAGAUUCAGUUGAAACUUCUUCACAAGGUGCACCUCUUGUAUUUCAGGGAAUGAUAAUUACAGUCUAGUGAUAAUUAAUUAUGUGA